CCAUGCAUGCCCUACAUAGAAACGCAUAUAAGCGCACCCCGAACUAGCUUCACUUUGCAGACGCCCACAACCCUUCCUGCUAGAGCGGCUGCCACAUUCGGUAAGUUCACGAUUUAUAUUGAAUCUACUUAUACUGAUUUUGCGGCAUUUUUUCAGAAAGAAAUGUCGAAGAGAAAUCGCGAAGAGGAUAAUGAAGAUGAGGUACCGCUGCACUAUAUUCUAGAAGUAUUCUUUGCUGACGAUGAGUAUAUAUCCAGGGACAAGCUACAGAGUUUGCUGAUUCAAGCAUCGAAAAUAAUUCCAGCCAGUCUAAUGAGACCAUGGAGGAGUCUCAGACAACUUAUAGAAGCGUGGACACUGUUUCAAGAGCAGACAAUGAACAACCAGGAACAUCACGAGGAAGAGUUACAGAAAAUAUACAAUCCCCUCCGCUGUGGGCACUGCAACUACAAGACAUUCCAAAGAGAAGAAGAAUUGUGCACGAUGUCUUUCCCGCCAGAAAUGACAGAGAAGCUCAGGACAUUUGUCUUGAAAUUAUUAAACGAUUCGAACUCGGAUCAACACAAUACGCAGUCACAGCAAUCUCUGUACACACUGACGGAACCAGCAUCCCACACGUCCACGUCAUUCACGACUGUAGCUGGAGCAACGGAAGCUGCAGAUGUGUUGCAUUCAGUGGCUUCGCUAGAAGACCAAACCGCUCGUCUAUUUGGUCUACAAACGCAACCGCUUGGGACUUCUUCCAUCUUAUCCAGUAUUUGUAUAGCCACCCCCGAGUCCUGGAAUACUUUAAAGUGGGAAGAGCAGAUUGGGCUGCUGACUGUAGAGCUCAAGAUAUGGGACAACGCGGGCAUUCGGGACACGAAUCCUCAAGAGUUUUGGAAAUACUGUACACGCAACCUGCGUGUGCAACUCCAUGCAACGACGCAAGCGGAAGUUCUGCAAGCAAUCCAAACGAUCAUUCGCUAUGCGCACGAGAGGGUAACCAAGCAAAAGCCAGAAAACGUCAAAAGAGAGCAGCGGAAGAACCCCUCUAUGACUGGCUCAGGGAGAACCCAGUAUCGCCACUAACCAACACCGUGAGAACACCAAAGUGGCUGUCCGAUCCCCACAUGAGAUUUAUUAGACUCGAUGACAAGCACUUGCAAAGGGCCAUUCAAGUCUUCAAUGACGAAAUGUGUACCUAUACAACAUUGGACUUUAUCGAAAUGUAUAAAAAUACUCAGCCACUGUUCGAUGCUCCCCACGGUGAUUUAAGUUCUUUUUAUAUGACUGUGGAGGACUCGUAUAAAGCCGUCAUCGAACUGCUAAACUUUCAAUUCGAUGAAAACCAAAAUGAAAUUUCCGACUUUGUAAACAACCUCUAUAUGCUCGUUGAAAAAAUUGUGCCCAAAAAAAACUGCAUGGAAGUGGUGUCUCCUCCGAGUGCUGGCAAAAACUUUUUCUUUGACGCUGUGCUUUCUUUUUAUAUAAACAGAGGAACUAUCCGUAACUUUAACCGCUUCUCUAACUUUCCCCUUCAAGACACAGUGGGUCGACGUAUACUCUUGUGGAAUGAGCCCAACUGCGAAUCUGCUGCCUUUGACACAGUGAAAAAGAUCUUCGGUGGUGAUGUAGACUCUGUUGCUGUGAAAUACUCUCCCGACCAGACCAUCACAAGAACGCCCGUCAUUGUGCUGUCCAACAACGAGGUCUUUCCUAACGACGAAGCCUUCAAUCACCGCAUGUGGAGAUACAAGUGGAAGGCUUGUCCCUUCCUUAAACGUCACGACAAGAAAGUGCACCCCAUGUCUUUGAUACACUUGUAUGACAACUUUGUACUCGAUGCAGACUACACUCUUGCAAGGCAACAAAUAAACGUCCUCUCGUAG